GCCGGGCUCGGCCCGGCCCGCGACGGCUGGCCGCCGACGAGUGCGCUCGCGCUGCUCGUCAAAAUGGCGGCGGUGGCGAUUGCGGCGACGGUCGUUCAGUCGUACAGAGCUCAGGCGUCGGUCGUCUGUCGUCUGUUGUCGCAUUCGCACACGCGCGCGCGCCGCGCGACCCGCCCAAAAGCUGCUCGCUCGCGGCCGACUCUACCAUCGCGGCCGCAGCUGUUGAGCUCUUCAGAAGACUGGUGCCUCAUAUGCUGCCUCCCUGCGGAUGCUGCCGGCGAGCCUGGCGGUCCGCUGUACUACAAGGAAGUGCUGACUCGAUUCUACCUCGAAUUCUUCUACCCCCACGACUCGGAACGCGAAUCCUGCCUCUGGCCUCGCCUCCCUCUCCUUCACCCUUCAGGCAUUCGUGGCAUCCUAUGGGUCGUCCAGAGUAUCGACCUCUGGCGAGUCAGCCAGCCCCACUUUGAGGGCGCCAUGAAGUACAGCGAUCGCCACCUCGCUGGCCUCUCCGCAGGCCCCCCCGACCGCGUCGAACUCAUCGGCGCGGGCUCUCUCGGCUACGGGACCGGCCCCAGCUUCGGCUGA